AUGUCCUCCAAAAGGAAAAAAAAUCAAGGUGAAAACAGCGGGUCAAAUCGUAAUCUAGACGGGAGACGAUUGCGAACUGUGAAUGAGGCAAAGGCAUUGGCAGAGUAUCUCGCACUAAAGCCGGAUAUGGAAAAGAAGGAGAAGGAGGCACGACGCAAGAGGUGGGAGGAAGUUGUUGCACUAGCAGAGCGAAAGGAGGAAGAAAUUCGUAGUGGUGCAAAAGGCAAAGUCGAUGGUCAGUGGGCAGAGGACAAAGAAGAGAUUAGCGAACGAACGCGUGAAGCAGUGCAUGCUACUAUGAAACUUGGUGAUUAUCAUGACGAUCUGCAGGGCAUGGCUGGACGACGCGAAAUGGUAUCCGCACAGAAAGAUCAGAAGGAAUCGAUGGCAACGGCGGCAUUGGCUGGCCCAGAAUCCACGUCUAAAGAAGGUGUUGCCACGCGCUCUUAUAUGGGCUUUGAAGAGGAUAACGAAUUCAUGAGUGACUCUAGCAGUGAAUAA